AUGGAUCAUCAGGAAGUCAUCAAGUACCUCCAGCAGAGCCACGACCGCAUCUUUGAGAACAACAAGAAAUGGGCCGAGCAGAAGCAGAAGAGCGACCCCGAGUACUUUUCUCGUCUCGCCUCGGGCCAGACUCCAGAGUACCUAUGGAUUGGCUGCAGCGACUCGCGAAUCCCCGCCGAGCAGAUUACCGGUCUUGAGCCCGGCGAGACAUUCGUCCACCGCAACAUUGCCAACCUCGUCGUCAACACCGACCUCAAUGUCAUGAGCGUCAUCAACUACGCCGUGCGCCACCUCGGCGUCAAGCACAUUGUGGUGUGCGGCCACUACGGCUGCGGCGGCGUCAAGGCCGCCAUGACACCCAAGGACCUCGGCCUCCUCAACCCCUGGCUGCGAAACAUUCGUGAUGUUUAUCGACUUCACGAGGACGAGCUCGACGCCAUCCCGGAUGAGAACAAGAGGUACGACCGCCUCGUCGAGCUCAACGUCCUCGAGCAGUGCCGCAACAUCAUCAAGACGGCCGCCGUCCAGCAGUCCUUUGCCAAGAACGAGUUCCCCGUUGUCCACGGCUGGGUGUUCAACUUCCAUGACGGUCUCCUCAAGGACCUGAAGAUCGAUUUUGAGGAGAUGCUGCAUAAGAUCCAGAAGAUCUACAACCUCACUGAAUAG